AUGGCGGACGUCGACCCUGGCUCUGAGCCAAUUCAUCAACCCGCAACCGAGUCCGAGAAACCUAGCGUGGAUACUACUACUGAAUCUCCCCCGGCCCUAACUUCGGACAAGCCGAACCUAUCCGAGGCAACAGAAUGGCAAGAGGCGACGGAAAAGUUGGAAGAGGAAGUGACCAAAGAAGAAGAUGAACCCCAAAAUGAAGGAAAUGAGGACGAAAAGCCCGAGGUUCCGCCAAAGGAUGCAUCGGACAACACACCAGAAGCCGAGACACCUAAGCUCGAGGAUGGACCACCGGAGAUCCAAGAACACAAGCCUAGUGAAGACAUUGAGCGCGACACAAGAAUGCGAUCCGACUCGCGGUCCACCACCGCCACCUUUGCGACGGCACGGGGAGGCCCUGUCAGUUCAGCUGUCUUCAUCGUGACAGCUCUCGAUGCCAUUGCUGCCUCGCGGGAAGCUAGGAGGAACAAGGAGCUGGAGGAUUCUGUCCAAAUCGCUCUAGCCAAUAUCAAAUCGGAGCGUAUUGAUCCGGAGCUCAUCUUCCGCCCACUUCACCUGGCCAGCAAGACCCUCAGUGUACCCCUCCAGGUAACAGCGCUGGAUUGUAUUGGCAAGCUUAUCUCCUACUCCUACUUCGCUUUCCCUUCCGCCGAGUCUGAAAACGAUGCCAACCCCGAACAAUCACCUCUGAUCGAACGGGCCAUUGAUGCGAUCUGCGAUUGUUUCGAGAACGAAGCCACCCCCAAUGAGAUCCAGCAGCAGAUCAUUAAGUCGUUGCUGGCAGCGGUCUUGAAUGACAAGAUUGUGGUACACGGAGCUGGUCUCCUGAAAGCUGUGCGCCAGAUGUAUAACAUCUUUAUCUACUCGAAAUCUAGUCAGAACCAGCAAAUUGCCCAGGGUUCCCUGACGCAGAUGGUGAGCACAGUGUUUGAUCGGGUACGUGUUCGACUGGAUCUGAAGGAACUUCGAACCCGCGAAGUCGACCGUACCGCGAACGGGUUGGAUGCGUCAGCUAGCGACCAAGGCCAGAUCUCCGAAGCUGCUUCAGUCUCAGUAGCGGACCAGCCUGACCAGCCUGACGUACCAGUCACCAAGGAGCCGACCGCCGAGAAGCUUACGCUACAGAGCUUCGAAUCGCCCAAGGAAGUGACUGGUGUCAAUGACAAUGCGCCGACCACAGUUACACGCGCGAAAGCGGCGCGCUCCUCAUCCCGCUCUAUUUCUGGCAUCCCUGAAGACCGGGAAGAUGAUAGCUCUGCCGAGGAUGAUGUGGAUGAGGUCUAUGUUAAGGACUCGUUCCUAGUAUUCCGUGCUCUCUGCAAGCUGAGUCACAAGGUUCUUGGCCAUGAGCAACAACAAGAUCUCAAGUCCCAAAAUAUGCGAUCAAAACUCCUUUCGCUGCAUCUCAUUCACUACUUAAUCAACAACCAUACCAACACUUUCACAUCUCCUCUAGCUGCUAUCAAGAACAGCUCGUCAAGCCCUGAUGCCAUGACACUUCUCCAAGCUGUACGACCGCAUCUUUGUCUAAGCUUGAGCCGAAACGGCUCCAGUUCAGUACCUCAUGUAUUCAAGGUCUGCGGCGAGAUCUUCUGGUUGAUGCUCACACACUUGAGAGUCAUGAUGAAGAAGGAGAUUGAAGUUUUCAUGAAGGAAAUCUAUCUCGCCAUUCUCGAGAGGCGUGCUGCUCCUUCAUUCCAGAAACAAUAUUUCAUGGAAAUCUUGGAGAGAUUAGGUGGUAACCCCCGCGCCCUGGUCGAGAUUUAUCUCAACUAUGACUGUGACCGUACUGCCUUGGAGAACAUUUUCCAAAAUCUCAUUGAACAGUUAUCGCGACACGCUAGCGUGCCAGUAGUCACCAGUAUUGCGCAACAGCAACAAUUCCAAGAGAAUCACACCAAGAUGUCUAGUAUUGGAAAUGAAUGGCAUCACCGCGGAACCCUUCCUCCGUCCCUCACUACUGCCAAUAUCACUCCCCCACCACAACCAGCCGUCCCAAACUUGCCAUCAGACUACGUAUUGAAGCAGCAGGCUCUCGAAUCACUCGUGGAGAUUCUCCGAUCCCUCGACAACUGGGGAGCACAACGUCCAGAUGACCAGCCAACCCCACAAGAUCCUACUGACUCCUCCAAGUCGAUGGAUCGCUCCCGCGACUCUUUGGAUACCAGUGCUUUGAUAUCUCCACGUCCUGAUGCUGUUGAUGGAUUUGCCACUGGUCGGUCAACCCCUGUGCCCGACGAUGAUCCCAAUCAGAUUGAAAAGGUCAAGCAGCGCAAGAUUGCCCUCAUGAAUGCCAUCCAGCAAUUCAACUUCAAGCCCAAGCGUGGUAUUAAGCUUUUCCUUCAAGAUGGAUUUAUCCCCUCGAAUUCCGCUGAGGAUAUUGCAAGUUUCUUACUUCACAGCGAGCGCCUGGACAAGGCUAUUCUGGGUGAGUACCUGGGUGAGGGUGAUGCCGAAAACAUUGAAAUCAUGCACCACUUUGUGGACAAAAUGGAAUUUGCCAAGCGACGUUUCGUCGAUGCCCUGCGGCAGUUCUUGCAACAUUUCCGUCUACCUGGAGAGGCCCAGAAGAUUGAUCGAUUCAUGCUCAAGUUUGCGGAACGGUACACAACCCAGAAUCCCAACGCAUUCGCCAAUGCAGAUACAGCUUAUGUUCUUUCCUACUCGGUCAUUAUGCUCAACACCGAUCAGCACAGUGCCAAGAUCAAGGGACCGCGAAUGACCAAAGAGGAUUUCAUUAAGAACAAUCGCGGGAUCAAUGAUAACCAAGACUUGCCAUCUGAGUACCUGGUAUCCAUCUACGAUGAAAUUGUCAACAAUGAGAUUGUUCUGGAUACUGAACGGGAACACGCUGCAAAUAUUGGAAUUCAAACCGCUGCUCCGACUGGCCUGGCAACCCGAGCUGGGCAGGUCUUCGCAACUGUGGGUCGCGAUAUCCAGGGAGAGAAAUAUGCACAAGCAUCUGAAGAGAUGGCCAACAAGACUGAGCAAUUGUACCGGUCCCUCAUCCGGGCUCAACGCAAGACAGCCGCCCGUGAUGCUCUUUCGCGCUUCACUACUGCUACCUCUGUUCGCCAUGUCGGCUCGAUGUUUAACGUUACCUGGAUGUCCUUCUUAUCCGGUCUUUCAGCACCAAUGCAAGAUACAUCCAACAUUGAGUCCAUUCGGCUAUGCAUGGAGGGACUCAAGCUGUCGAUUCGUAUCAGUUGUGCCUUUGACUUGGAGACUCCUCGUGUAGCUUUCGUCACAGCCCUGGCCAAAUUCACCAAUCUUGCGAAUGUGAAGGAAAUGAUGCCCAAGAAUUUCGAGGCCCUGAAAGCCAUUCUUGAUGUCGCAACUACUGAAGGAAACCACCUUCGUUCUUCCUGGCGUGACAUUCUGACUUGUGUCAGUCAACUUGACCGUCUGCAGUUACUGAGUGACGGUGUAGAUGAAGGUUCACUACCCGAUGUCUCUCGAGCGCCGACAGCAACAGAUUCUCCACGUAAGUCAAUGCAAAGCACUCGCAGCAAGACCCGCGCGCGCUCUGUUCAUGGUCCCUUGGCUUUCCGUAUGGAUAUCGCCAUCGAGAGCCGGUCGGCAGACAUGGUCCGUAGUGUAGACCGAAUCUUCACCAACACUGCAAACCUCUCGCACGAGGCCAUCAUCGAUUUUGUUCGUGCACUGAGCGAGGUUAGCUGGCAAGAAAUCCAGUCCUCGGGGCAGAGUGACUCUCCGAGAACGUACAGUCUCCAGAAGCUCGUCGAAAUCAGUUAUUACAACAUGACUCGUGUUAGGAUUGAGUGGUCGAAGAUCUGGGAGGUCUUGGGUCAGCACUUCAACCAGGUUGGCUGUCAUACCAAUACCACUGUCGUGUUCUUUGCAUUGGACUCGCUGCGCCAGCUUUCGAUGCGCUUUAUGGAAAUUGGCGAACUGCCUGGUUUCAAGUUCCAAAAGGACUUCCUCAAGCCGUUCGAACAUGUCAUGGCAAACAGCACGACUGCCUCUGUCAAAGAUAUGAUUCUCCGGUGUCUGAUUCAGAUGAUUCAAGCCCGUGGUGACAACAUUCGGUCUGGAUGGAAGACUAUGUUUGGAGUUUUCACAGUUGCUGCGCGAGAGCCCUAUGAGGGAAUUGUGAACAUGGCUUUUGACCAUGUCACCCAAAUUUACAACACUCGCUUCGGGAUCGUGAUCACUCAGGGUGCUUUCGCAGACCUCAUUGUCUGCCUCACUGAGUUUUCCAAAAAUUCCAAAUUCCAGAAGAAGUCACUGCAGGCUAUCGAAACUCUCAAGGCUACAGUCACAAAGAUGUUGCGCACCCCCGAAUGUCCGCUUUCCCACCGUGGUGGAUCUGCGCCCAACUUCCAGGAGGAGGGAACCAACCUCGCCAAGCAACUUACUCGCCAGACCCAGGAAGAGCAGUUCUGGUAUCCAAUCUUGAUCGCGUUCCAAGACGUUCUCAUGACUGGUGAUGACCUUGAAGUCAGAUCUCGUGCACUUACAUACCUCUUUGAGACAUUAAUUCGACAUGGUGGUGAUUUCCCACGGGCUUUCUGGGAUGUUCUUUGGCGCCAAUUGCUUUGCCCCAUCUUUGUGGUUCUGCAGUCCAAGUCGGAAAUGUCCAAGGUUCCAAACCACGAGGACCUCUCUGUUUGGCUAUCAACCACCAUGAUUCAAGCUUUGCGGAACAUGAUCACUCUGUUCACUCACUACUUUGAUGCUCUUGAAUAUAUGUUGGGUCGAUUUUUGGAGCUCUUGACCCUGUGUAUUUGUCAAGAGAAUGACACUAUCGCACGCAUUGGCAGCAAUUGCUUGCAGCAACUGAUCUUGCAAAAUGUCUCCAAGUUCCAACAGGAGCACUGGACUCAGAUUGUUGGAGCUUUUGUUGAGCUUUUCAACAAGACUACCGCCUAUGAGCUAUUCACGGCGGCGGCCUCGAUGACCAAAAUGACGGAAACUAGCACCAAUGGCGAUGUUGAGGCUGCUGAAGUCGCCGCAUCUUUGCCAUCCAGCGGUGACCUGCCCGAUGUUCUGCAGGCCAAUGGAUCUCAAAGUACAGCGUCUCUGCAUGACGGAGGCGACCCGCCCGCUCAGAGUGAGGCUCGCGCUGAGCUUGAGGACUACCGGCCUCAGGCGGACUCGCAGCAACAACCCGCUGCCGUCACAGUAGCGCGACGUCGAUUCUUCAAUCGUAUCAUCACAAAUUGCGUCCUUCAGUUACUGAUGAUCGAAACAGUUCAUGAGCUCUUCUCCAACGACACCGUCUACGCCCAGAUCCCUAGCCCCGAGCUCCUGCGGCUGAUGGGCCUGCUCAAGAAGAGCUACCAGUUUGCCAAGAAGUUCAACGAGGACAAGGAACUGCGCAUGCAGCUCUGGCGUCAAGGCUUCAUGAAGCAACCUCCCAACCUUCUGAAGCAGGAGAGCGGCAGUGCGGCCACCUAUGUUCACAUUCUUUUCCGGAUGUAUCAUGAUGAACGCGACGAGAGAAAGAGUAGCCGCGCCGAGACUGAGGCAGCUCUCAUCCCGCUAUGUGCAGACAUCAUCCGCAGCUUCGUCCGUCUUGAUGAGGAAACCCAGAACCGCAACAUCGUGGCCUGGAGACCCGUGGUAGUGGAUGUCAUUGAGGGAUACAACAACUUCCCUCUGGAAGGCUUUGAGAAGAACAUCGAGACGUUUUACCCCUUGGGAAUUGAGCUUUUGAGCCGUGAUCUCAACCCGGAGAUCCGGAUUGCCUUGCAAGCUCUUUUGCGCCGCAUAGGCGAGGUCCGACUCAAUAUCGCGCCGUCCAAUCCUUUGGAUGCCCCGAUCAGCCCGCGCAGCUCCGUCUCCCAGAAGAUUCCCCGUCGUGAGAGUCAAACUGCCGAGUGA